AACGUGUAAAGCAAUAACCCAAAUCUACGUGUGAAAGGGGGUGCACUUCGUGUCUCUUUCAGAUUUCAUCACACAUCUUUCAGGAAAGAGAAACUAGAGAGAGAAAGUCCAGAAUAUAGAGAGAGAAACAGAGUCCACAUUUUUCUGGUGAGAACUAGCUACUCUCUCUCUAUAUCUAAAUUCUUGACAGUUCAUACAUUAAAUUUUCCUUUCCUUUCCUUCUCGUUCUUGUUAUCAAACUUCUCAAUUUUCUAAAAAUCCUACAAAAAAAAAAAUGACAGAUAGAGUGUAUCCUUCAUCUAAGCCCAACGGCACCACCACCGCCGCCGCCACCGCCAACGGUGUUGGCGGCCCUAUCAACCUACCACCCGCCAAAUCCCAACUCUACAACCCCAACCGCCACCCAUACCGCCCCCAACCAACCCGCCGCCGCCGGAGUCGACGCAGCUGCCUCUGCCUCUGCUGCUUCUGGUCCACCGCCCUCAUCAUAAUCCUCCUCCUCCUCGCCACCAUCGCCGCCUCGGUCGUCUACGUCCUCUACCAACCCCAGCGCCCCAAAUUCACCGUCUCCGCCCUCCGAAUCGCCCGAUUCAACCUCACCUCCGCCGCCGACGACACCUCUCACCUCACCUCCCUCCUCAACCUCACCGUCUCCGCCAAAAACCCCAACAAAAAGCUCGCGUUCCUCUUCGACCCCGUCACCAUCACCACCACCACCGCCUCAAACCAGCUCACAAUUGCAAAUGGGUCGUUCCCAAAAUUCACUUUUAACCCCAAGAACACCACAUUGAUCCGCUCCACACUGUCAACUAGCUCACAAAUCUCCGACACCGAGUCGGUGAACUCGCUGAACUCAGAUCUGAAGAAGAAGACUGGUGUGCCACUGAAAAUUGUUAUGGACACGAAAGUGGUGGUGAAGAUGGAUUCACUGAAGUUGAAGAAAGUGGGAAUUAGGGUUUCGUGUAGUGGGAUUCAUGGUCUGCCUCCAAAAGGUAAAUCUCCAUCGGUUGCUUCAACAUCUGAAGCUAAAUGUAAGGUUGAUCUUCGGAUCAAGAUCUGGAAAUGGACCUUCUGAUUUUCAGUGAUAUUAAAUUGUUAUUUUAUUUUAUUUUAUUUUCUCACUUUUUUAUGUGGUUUGUAAACUUUAGAAGUAUUCGAGAAAUUGGGGUUGUAGUAGAAUUGAGAAGAAAGGGAGGGUUUGAAUUGUAUAAUUUUUACUUGUUUAGGUGUUUUAGUUGAGAUCGAGUCUUUUUACUUGAUUGACUCUAAUAUUACUAUUACUGUAAUAGAAUUAUUUCAUCAGAAAUGCAAUUUCAUAAAUUUUGAUAUGGAAAAA